CGCAAACAAUUUCUUUACCUUGUUCGUAUUCUCCUCCCUUUCUAUCUUUUUCACAAUGUUCCUCUCUCUUUGCCCUUUCUUGCCUUGUUCAUCAUCAUAAAAGAAAGCUACGUACGGAAUUUUACACUACGGAAUCUUAGUCUUAAAUUUAGGCAGGAGCGAGGAUUCCUGCACGUAGUACUCUUGUUAUUACUACGUACUUCUCACCUUGCUAGUUCAUGAUGUCCGAAGAUAUGAAUUUAUCUGUAAAUGGUCAGUCCAAAGUGCCUCCAGGAUUCCGUUUUCAUCCUACUGAGGAGGAGCUUUUACAGUAUUACUUGAGGAAGAAAGUAGCUCACCAGAAGAUUGAUCUUGACGUCAUUCGUGAUGUCGACCUUAACAAACUUGAGCCAUGGGAUAUUCAAGAGAAGUGUAAGAUAGGAUCUACGCCACAGAACGAUUGGUAUUUCUUCAGCCACAAGGAUAAAAAAUACCCCACGGGGACUCGAACAAAUCGUGCGACUGCUGCCGGAUUCUGGAAGGCUACUGGUCGUGAUAAAGUGAUACAUAGUAAUUUCCAAAGAAUUGGAAUGAGAAAAACACUGGUGUUCUACAAAGGACGAGCUCCACAUGGACAGAAAUCAGAUUGGAUUAUGCAUGAGUAUCGGCUUGAGGACGAUACUAAUGACCCCAAUACAGGUAAUCUAGUGGGGGAUAUGUCGCCCGAAGAUGGUUGGGUGGUUUGCCGAGUUUUCAAGAAGAAAAAUUACCACAAAGCUUUAGAGAGUAAUUCGUCCACUUCAAUCUACUCGAGUAGUAGUGUUCCAGUACAAAAUUCGAAUAAUGACGGCUUUCUUGAUCAGAUACUUAUGCACAUGCGACAACCGUGUAAGAAAGAACACGGACUAAUGAUUAAUAACAACAACAUCAACAAUAAUGACGAAGAUGAAGUCGAGGAUAUGCAAUUCGUCAAUCAAAUGAAAUCAACGAUCAACGAUGAAUUUCAUCCUGGUUUUCUGCACCUUCACAGAUUGGAAAAUCCAACAUUUCCAUCACUUUCCACCAUUAAAUCAGCUUUCAGUACGGAUCAAGAUUGCAGCAAUUUCAAAGCAGCAUGUGAACACCAACCUAUGGACUAUAAUUUGAUAACAGAUAAUAUUCAAACUUCUUGCACAAACCAAAAUGGCAAUUCUGUUGAUGAUCUUAAAACUGGGCGGGCAGACUGGGUGGCGUACGACCGCCUGGUGGCGUCUCAGCUCAAUGGCCAGGCCGAGACAUCGAAACAACUUUCGUGUUAUGGUGAUCCAAAUGACAACUUCUGUUUUUCUCUAGAGGAUCACGAGGUACAAUUAAUGAGAUCAAAUCAAAUUUCUGGGACCGACGAAAAUUUUUGGACCGUUUCUCAAUCACCACCACCACCACCGUCAUCAGCUAAUCCAUUGUCCCACUUGUCGGUGUAAUAGUCGAUAUCUAUUGUACUAUUAUAUAUUUUUCGUAAGAUACUUAGAUCCUAAAGAGAAAUAGCAUGGAAUUUAUCUAUACAUAGAUAUGCAUGUUAGUCUAUAACUUAAUCAAAUAUCUUAUAUGAGUGCCUCAA